UGACUUGUCAAUCAACUAAAAAAGUGCAUAGCGUUUUAACAUUUUAUUGCGUGUCGUUUGAGGAAGUCUAAUUCUUUUUCUUCAAAUACUAUUUUAAAAUUAGGAAAAUUCAAGAUGAAGCAAGUAAUUUUUAUCUGUUUGCUGUCUAUCUCAAUGUGUACUAGUGACUCCACGACGCCAGAAGCAAGUCCCAGUGUUCAGCUACAACCGGAGAAGCAUGAUGCCAUAAUAACAGACAAAGCCCCAACCAAUAAAGUCUCACCACCACCAGUUCAACCACCGCAAGCGAUAACCACAAACAAUACUUUGCCUGCCAACAAGACAGCUCCUAAAGAAAAUACUACACCAACAACCGAACCACCUAAAGAUGUUCCUCCAAAAGAUACAACAGAGAAGGCAGCAUCAGAAACAAUGCCGACCUCUUCGGUUCCAUCGAGCAAUGCUCCUGUAGUGACACCUUCAACAACAAGCACUACGGCUAAACCUGAGACUGCGAAACCAGAACCAGAUCACAAGUCAACGGUCACACCCAAGACUAUUGAGCCGCCUAAACUUCAAGCAAGAGGUUUUGACGGUGCCAGCUUCGUCGGUGGAAUCAUCCUAACCCUUGGCCUUCUUGCGAUUGGCUUCAUGGGAUUCAAAUACUACAAGAACCAAACCGAAAGAAACUAUCACACCCUUUAAAUUUUAAGUCAAUAUAUCUCUCUCUAUUUAAUGUUAAGUGCACUAUUUUAUCUAAGUUUCGGAAUAUUUUUUUACCUUUCAGUUAUUUUAACUUGACAGGUCGGAACUAAGAUAAACGAUACAAAAAUAAAAAUAUUUUCUUUAAUUGUAAAUGUCAUAAUUCCUUACGCAUUUUAUGUUUAAAUUCGAUAAGAGUUUAUCCUAGUUCCUAGUUGUGGAGGACAUAACUCGAAGGACUGUAAUUAAAACCUAAACAGGGUUAAUAAAAAAAAAAAUUUGUCUUAUUUUAGCUACAUUGAUUUGGUGGAAGGGUAUAGUUUAAGUUACUGCCUGCUCGAAUUUGACGAUUUUUUUUAUUGUAGCUAUUUUUUUUUCCUAUUUUGCGUAAUAUUUUCUUUUUUAUUUUGACGUUUAUCUCACUUGUGUGUUUUAAUGUAGUGUCGUAAAUGACUAAGUUGCAUCGAUAAUUUGUAAAAUACAUAAAAUUAUAUUGAUGUUAAUCAAAAGUGUAUAGUUUUCUUGACGUUAGUUGAAUAUCUUUAAAUAUGUUUCUUUCCCUACAAACCAUUCGAGAAUUAUAUAACAUUAAGGAUAACUUUUAUUUGUAAUGUUUUGUGCAAUUUUAGUAUAAGUUUGUCGCAGAUUUUACUGUGCCAUUUUCUGAAUUUCUAAAAAAGUAAAGUCUGGUUUAAAGUUCUAUUACACUGAAUUUUACGUAUCUUUAGAUUAUCAGCACUGAUUUAAAAAAAAUGUAGGUAGUAUAUUAUAAAUGUUAAUAAGUGUUACUCUAAGGCAACGCAAUGUGAUGACAAAAAUAAGGGUCUAAAGUAGUACCUACCUAUAUUGUUUUGGCAUAACAAAGUUUAAUGAAUCUCAAAUUUAUUGAUAAAUUUUAUUAUAACAUUCUACAGAUAUCAUUAGACUAAGAAAUCCUGUACAGUAUGGCAUCGAUAUUUAUGCAGUUGAUUCGCAAUCUAUGUAUUGAAUCAAGCUUAUUGAAAACUUAUAUAAUUGAAGAAGAUAAAUGGUUACUGCGACUAUCAUAUUUAUCGGCGCCAUACAUUCUUAACUUGUAUUAUCUUGAAAUCUCAAGCAUUUCCUUAAAAACUUUUUUGUGCCACAACAAGUAUGUAUAUUUUGUUUUUCUUUUCGUUAUUUAGCACGCUAUUUGUAAACUGGAAGAAAGAUGAUUCCAUCCUAAAGUGCUCUUAAAUCUGAAAUAUAUACAGAUAAUUAUUCGAUCAAGAUGGUUUUCAACUAUAAGAUUGUGCCGUCUACUUUACUACUUUAUACUUAUGCUAAUCUCAUGUCACAGUCAAUGGUUACGUUAAUAAAGGUAUAUACCAAAAAUCA